AUGUUGGGGAAACUCUUCAACCUCGGCGCCGGAGCCGGGACACCUCCUCUGGCCCAACCCCCCUCGCAGAAGACAUUCCCGCUCGAGUCGGUACAGGAAGACAUCCAUACGCGGCACCUGCUCUUCCCCGAUCCCCAAGACCUGUUUGAGCAUCGGCCCAACCAGCUGUACCCCUUGUCCAGCAUUUCUUCUGCGUCCACACACACAACCAGCAAUGCCUUCGACUACAAUGCAGACAUCGAGCUUGACAUACCCGAUGUGCGCAUCAUCAUCAUGCAGGAUGCCCUAAGUUCAGUUGCCGCUUCCCUACUGUACGACAGCCAACCUCCUCCUCCGGUUCCCCCGACGUCUCUCGACCGUCCUUCGGCAACCGCCGGCUCUUACGUGGUUCAGGAGCCACGCAAAGGCCCUCUGUCUCCACGAAAACCCAGCAUCAGUCUUCCGCAGCGUCCUAUGGUGAUUCAAUCUGGCAGUCCCAGGAAUCGUCAGGGAGCAUUUGAUCGAAGGCCAUCAGUUCACAGCCGCAACCAGGGGUGCAUCGAAAGCGAAUCUCAGCGUGCCUGGCGCGAGUAUCGAGAAGAACUUGCUACCUUUUCUAGUUGCAUCUUUGGUAAUUCAGAACUCAUGGCUUAUAAGGGAACCUCAACUAAGGUACAUGUUGUUCCUUCGGAUGUGCGGCAACUUGAUGGCGGUUUUGGUGAUGGUCGAAACUCCAUAGGCAGGUCGACAAUGCGCACUAGCCGGCUCUCACAGUCGUUUACCUCAGAAAACCAGCACAUGUUCACUUCACCCACCUCGAACAUGUCUUUGCGUAGUGUCGAUCGGAAGAAGGUACUCAUUACGAGAUUGUUCCCGGUUAAUCUGCCCUUAGACGAAGACAUCAGCCCCUUCUCCGACGACAAUAUUCCCGAUCAUUCCAAAGCCGCAGAGCACAUCAACCCCAAAAGAUUCCAACCUCGGCAGAAGCGGACGCCGAUGUACGCUGUGGCCUUGAUCAUCAGUCUCCCCCCUUCCAACAUUCACGCUACUCCGGCGGCAAACGCAUUACGGUAUGGAUUCAAAAGCUCCAGCUCCUACGCCGAGCAGGACUCCUUCCCGUCUUCCUUAAGCUCCACUCGACGCUCAGGCUGGACCUUUGUCGGUCAAGGAGGAGGAGGAGGGCAGGAUUUGUUCGAUACCAGCUUUGGGAGCGAAACGGACGAUCAGAUUGACGCGAUCACCCAACACUGGGACAUCAUCAUGCGGACGCUGAGUCAUUUACAGACCGUCGUUGCCAGCACUUUGUUUACCAUGCUCAGGCAAGCAGACCGUGCAUUCCCGGAUCCCGUCUCUCCUUUAUCAACUCAGGUAACCAGAGGAUCUGCUGGGAGUAGCCGUCGUGGCGAUGAUGGGGCCGCUAUCAAGACCACGAAGACGAACGCGAAGCAUAUCACAUUGCUUCCUAAUUGUCUUCUGGAUAACAAGCAGAUCAGCGCAGAGGUCGAUGCUGCGAGGACGAGAGUCGUCGCCGGUAUUCGUGCCUCUCGGGUGACAACGGGCCAGAAUCGUUGGCCGAUAUGGCGGGAGGAAGCUCGAUGGGUGGCUCGGUGGGCUGCUGGAAAGGAGCAAGGCUUCUUCUUUUUUAAUCUAUUGACAGCCUUUCUUGCAACCCAUACCGAUUGGAUGCAGGCACUCUGUCCCCCUUCGUAUCGUCGCCGGCAUUAUCUCCAUCAGCGAACGAAGGCGGAAGAAGAUGCCUCGGUUCCCGCGCGAACCAUAAUCGUUAGCGACAACAAAAUUGCGGCAAGGCGGCUGAUCUUCUUGUUAUCGGCAUUCCUUCCUGCAUCUCAGCUCCUCCCUGGGCCCAGAGCUCACCGUCCGAGUACCCCGGCUUCUUUAAGCGCGCUAUCCCAGUCGCCCCCGUCUUUCGUGGUCCCUAUUCUUAAGGAAGAUUCUCUGCGCAGGAAGAUCCAUCGCCGGACGGGCUCACGUAUGCCAUCUCACUCGCGCAACCUCAGCGUGCAGUCACACGCUGCACGUGCAGGUGGCUCUAUCCCUCUACCACUGGCUCAUUUGAGCAUGGAAGGGAGACAUGAGAGGCGGGCCUCGGAUGCUGCAUCAAUUCGUACCACUCAACUACCCAUUCGUGGGACUGAUCCCCGGAAAACCGGUGCAGCAACCACUACCACUAUCACACCGGAAACCAGCAUCCCGCACUUCUCCGGUAUAUAUCGAGCUGAUAUCUUCUCUCAGGGGAGACCUGGGAGCAGCAACAGUGUUGCUGCGGAUGAUCUAAAGCGGCUUACUCGGGAUGAAAGCCCGGGCUCCCAAAGCUCGGCUGGUGGUGAACGCUGGUCUAAGUCGAGAUGGAGUACCGUCAUCAGCGGGAUUUGGAAAAAAGAGUCGACCGCCAAGCCCACCGCGGGACAACCCGGCAGUUCAUCGGCAUCUGUCAACCGCCGAGAAUCCGUAGCUGCUGUGUCUUCGAAGCCUGCUCAGGCCACCCAGGUUCCAGGACCUCCCGCUGCUGGACAGCCUGGUAAUGCCAAUACCUUUGGAACUCAGCCUGUGAGCCCGAAAAACUCAAUAACUCCUUCUGCUGGACAUUCCUCGGAGACUUAUCCUCCUGCUGAAGCUCCGUGCCUUGCGCCAAACCCACAACGGAUACCGGAUCCAUCCAGUGCGUUCGAAUCGCCAGUGAAAACAUCGAUCAAUCUUGACGAUGGAGUUAUUGACGUUGAUGUCCCGCUACCUGAUUUCAUCACAUCCUUUGAGAGUGCGGUGAGCUCACCAUCGAGCAGCGGAUAUCUGUCCGCUUCAGGCUUCGGCACGGGGCUUGAUGCAUUCGAACAGUCAUGCCGCUUCUCCGCCGACGGAGAUGCUCCCAUCAAUGUAGCUGGAUGGCUACAACAUUACCAUCCCGAUUUCAUACUGCAGGCUGUGCCCGCCCAACAUGGCCUUAUUGAUCAUAUCAAGGCGUCGAUGCAGGCUGAGCCAACCCCGCAACUCCCUCCAGGCACACCCACAGCCGAGGACGGCACGACUGAAACUUGGGUCGAUGUCGCAUCCGCCAUCGUGGCAGAUGCAACUACAUUCACCAUUACACGCAUCCGUUACCGUCGCCUUCUCAGGCUUGGCUUUGGGAUCGAUCGCCAGUACCAAUCAUCCUGGUCGUCACCAACACGACAAGGAGAUAUCCAGCUGAAGGAUGAAUUUAUCGAGGAGCCUCUUGUUACAUUUGAUGAGACCCUCAUAGAGGCAGUCGAGAAGGUCAUCGCAACAGGGUAUCCUGGUUUCGGCAGCAGUACCACGGAUCUUCUUGUUACCGAGACGGCCAUGCCAACACCAACAAACAGUAAACUCAGCUCGGCCACUUCGUCUCGUUCAAACAGCAAGCGUCGCGACGACCGCGCAUUUUUUGGUAUGGACAAUACCGCAUCAUCAACGGCUGGCGCUGAGACAUGUCCCCCUUCCCAGACACAAUCUAGAUCCCCACUGCACACCACAGGACUGGCGCCGCCACCAUCUAUUGUACAAGAAAUUCCGAGAUCCCAGUGCAAGACAGUUUUACUGUCAGCGCUGGAGGAUAUCAUUCAUGAGGUGAUUGCCGAGAGAGAGCAUAGGCAGGAAGAAGAGGAGGUAACUAGAACGUUAACAGGAGAACAGCUUGGUCAUGGAAAGGACAUUGAACAGGGCCAACAAGGGAAUGAAGGACUGGGAAGAGAGCGAGGUCGACAGAUGGGAGGAGGUGUCGGUGGUGACAAGGAACGUGAGAAAGCCAAGGAGAGGGAAAGCCCACUUCGUGAGGCAGUCAGGGCUUGGAUUGAGAGUGUGGAUAUAACUGGGGAGUGA